UCUGUUUAAUACCGUGGGCUGGUGGCGCGCUUCGCGCACUCGGAGAACAGUACAAGAUCCAGUCAUGGCUCAGCAAUGGACCGGCGCCUCUAAGGCCCACUCAUCCAGGUCCCAUCCCCCACCCCGUUGGUCACAUGGAAGAAAACGAUACUCUGAUGGGAAACCCAGACACAACAACGAUCCGGACUCCACAGUGUUUGAUGAACCACGUGAAAGAGAAUCCAACGACCGUCCUCAGAGACUGACCAAUGAAUCCUCCCUUUCUACCAGCUUUACAACUCCAGAAAGCCAUAAACCAGUGCCAAGAUGCAGUAAAGAUUGGGGAACAGUGGUGGAAGAAGAAGAAUUGCUGAAAGAAACUGUUGAGAGGGAUUUGGCCAGGUUCAAGAGGAAGCUCCUCCUUAAUGAACAUGGAUCAAGAGAAAGAAGAUCCUCAUCUGGAAGUUCUGACUCCAAGGACUCUUCCACACAUGGAGAAUAUGAAACGGACACCGCUAUUCUCGCUAGAAGACAGAAGCAGAUAAACUACGGAAAAAACACAAUCGCUUACGACAGAUACAUCAAGGAAGUUCCAAGGUCUUCUCGGGAGAAUGGGGUCCAUCCAAGAACUCCCAAUAAGUUUAAAAAGUACAGCCGCAGAUCCUGGGACCAGCAGAUACGACUCUGGAGGAUUGCUUUGCAUUUGUGGGAUCCCCCAACUGAAGAAGCCGAUGACCUGCAGCCAUUCACUGAAGAUAUGACAACCUGUACAUCAGAAGCUGAAUCCCAAGAAAGCCUGUUUACAGCAACGCCGACCAAAGUAAGAAGAGUCGACACAGAGGCCGAUGGCUUUGAUCUGGAUGCAUGUAUGAGUGAAAUGAGCGAUGCUAAGCUUUUUAGCUAACUAUCUUCAAAUAUCUAAUAUCCAUGAUUGUUCCGUGUAAAUUGAAUCUGCUUCAGUUACUAAAGAGCCUGGCAUUCCUAGACUCUCAAUAGGGUUUUACAAUUCAUGGCAGUUUUUGCAGCACCCGGUCCGUCGCAACAUUUAACUUUUACUGAUGACCAGUAGGCAGCUGUUUUAAGUGAGCACUUCAUAUUGGAGCAAUGGAGAUCCGGAGGGUAGAUAGGAUGCUUGUGCUGGAGCUGAUCGUCAUUAACGGCACAGAGGCUUCAAGACAGAUGUUAAAGACUCGGCACAAUUACUUCUACUAUCAGGACUUCAAGACUUGCUGCAGGAGAUCACAAUUGCCAAGAGGAAUGUCUAACUCCAAUGCGGGAAGAAACGCAUCUCUAAGGUUUCAUGGGAUGAAACGUCUCACUGGAAGUUAAUAGGCCAUUUGAAACCUCCGUGAAUGGAUC